AGACCCCUGCUUUAAAAGCUUUUAAAAGGCUCCUCUGGCGAUCCCAGCUGAGUUUGCCUGAUCAUCAGAGGCCUUUAAAAGCAUUUUUCACAACCUCUUCCGCCAAGAGGUGGUAGAAAAAAUGCUUUUAAAAGUAAAAAAAAACAACGUUGGCCAUGCCCACCCAGUCACAUUACAACCCGCCCCUACCAAGCCACGCCCACAGAACCGGUAGUAACAAAUUUUACAUUUCACCCCUGGAUAAUUUCCCUAUUCAGCAGACCGGCUGUGUUGCUUCCCCCCUCCCUGGAAGAAACAGCAUUAUCCCCAGGAAGAAGGAGGGGAUGUAGGGGAGCCUUCCAUCUUCCCCCUCCGCAUUUCCUCUGGGGGAGCCCCUGAAUGGGAGUGGGGGGAGGGGGAAGGCUUGCAUUGCAAAAUAAAAUUUUGAAAAAAGGCCGGGGGGAACAACUAUCUCCCUCCCUUCCCCAUUUCCUGAGAAAGCCCCUGAGUGGGAGUGGGGGGGGAGAGGGAAGGAUUUUCUAGACCGGGAUUCCCUAUGCACAGUCCCUAUGCACAGUCAGUCAUGCCCCCAUCAUUUCUCGCCUGGACUACUGCAAUGCUCUCUACAUGGGGCUCCCCUUGAAGAGCACCCAGAGGCUUCAGUUGGUCCAGAAUGCGGCUGCGCGGGUGAUAGAGGGAGCCAUUCAUGGCUCCCAUAUAACACCUCUCCUGCGCAAGCUGCACUGGCUGCCUGUGGUCUUCCGGGUGCACUUCAAGGUGUUGGUUACCACCUUUAAAGCGCUCCAUGGCUUAGGACCACCCUGAGUCCUUCGGGAGAAGGGCGGUAUAAAAAUUUAAUAAAUAAUAAUAAUAAUAUCUACGGGAUUGCCUUCUGCCACCGUUUGCCUCCCACUGACCCGUGCGCUCCCAUAGGGAGGGCCAAACAAUGUCGGCUGGUGACCCCCGGGGGGGGCCUUCUCUGUGGGGGCCCCUACCCUCUGGAACGAACUUCCCCCAGGACUUUGUCAACUUCCUGAUCUCCGGACCUUCUGCCGCGAGCUGAAGACAUAUUUAUUCUUCCGUGAAGGACUGGCAUAGAAUUAGUAUUAGUAUUUGUAAUUUUAAAUGGGGUUUUAUGUAUUUUUGUAUUUGUAUGGUUUUAUGUAUUUUAAUUUAGGGGCCAAAUUUAAUAAGUUUUUUAGCACUGUUUUUAUUUGUAUUGUAUCCAUUGAUUGUUGAUGUUAUCUGGCUGUGCACCGCCCUGAGUCCUUCGGGAGAAGGGCGGUAUAAAAAUUAAAUUAUUGUUGUUGUUGUUGUUAUUAUUAUUCCCCAAAAUGCCUGAUUCCCCUCCAAGAGCUGGGGUGGGGUGGGGGGAGCCACACAGGUAUUUCUGGAGAAGCUGUGAACCAGGGAAGCCCCAUUAGCAUUGUUGAGGUUGUCUAGUUAGGUAAUGGACAAUCAGCAAGAAAACAGCCAAGCUCAGAGGACACCAAUGACUCCAUUUACCAUUAAGCUGGCAGUGUGGUUGGAGCGUUUAAUGGGAGCUUUGAGGUCGGUGUCCGUUCAUCUGGUUUUGGGCCUGUUGUGUGAACCGUGUUCUUGUUGGGUCUUUUGAAAGGGGCGUUUCCGUCGGAAGGACUCAACCAACCAGGGAUUUCCAAACUUUGAGGAUGCAACAAAGCCACCCCACCCCAUCCAUCCCUGGGAAAAAGAAAGAUGAGGGAGGAUGGAUAUCAGACACUUAAGGGGGGGAAAUAAAUGUGCCUACAAAUAUUCAGUCAGAUCCAGAGUUUGUUUCAGACAAUGUCGAACUCAAGCGACCAAUUGCUAUCUCUUGCUUACUUGUUACAGAACUAUAAGUGUUCGUUGCUUGGCUGUGAGGGAGAAGAAAUUCAAAGUCCUAAAUUUACCAUAUUUUUGGGAGUAUAAGACACCCGCCCCCCAAGAAGUGAAAAUUUGGGUGCGUCUUAUACACCGAAUAUAGUCAAAAACGUGAAGCACGGAGGAGGCGAUGAAAGCACACACAAGUAACUGAUUCAGCAGGAUUCAAUAAUUUCUCUUUAUAUAUAAUAUAACACAUGAAGUAAAUAUACAAUACCAAAAGCAAAUUUUCCAAGUGGUAGUAAACACAAGCAGAGGGGAGGAGUUUCAGUUUGAAUUUCAGAGAUCAGCACAGCACGCAGCUUUAGUACAGGAACAGUUGAGCUAAGCCAUGCCCAGGCUCCUUGCUGUCUCCUUCCUUGUUGCCCACACAGCAAAUACUGUUUCAGUUUCCAAACAGCCCUCAACUCUCACACACACUGACAGGACACUAGCCAGAUGAAUACCAAAGGAUGCUGGUAGGCAGCGGCAGAAUUGUUUUUCUUAUUUUCCUCCCCAAAAACUAAGGUGUGUCUUACACUCUGGAAUGUCUUAUACUCUGAAAAAUACAGCAUACCUUCUAUAUUCUGGGUUAUUGAUGGUUCCUGAAGAUUUUCCUUCUACCUCUCCUAUCCAGGGAGACCUAGUUGCUUUCUCUGCUCUGGCCUAGGCCCACCCAGAAACAAAAAAAAGGUGUAAAACAGCUGAAAAUGAAACAUUGAUUCUGAAAUUGUGUUUUCUUUUCAAACUUGCAGGUAGAAGUUCCUUGUGGACCAAACUAUAUCACACGUAAGGAAGGCUAGCUGGUGUACCGAGUUUUGUCCAGGGCAAGAUAAGUCCGGUGGAGAUCCAUUGGCCCGUUUCAUAGCCUCGGUCUUGGAGAUCCAAGCAGCUGUUGGCAUCUUUUGUAUCUGGAUUAGAGAAUAGAGGAAAAAAUGGAGGGACAACACCCAUUAGAUGCAGAAGCUGGACAAAGCCCUGCUGCUGAUCAGUUUGGGAGCUAUGUGGAGGUCAGGAUAAAAACUGAACCAGAGGAUGAAGAUGAAGAGUCCAUCAGCUCGGAGGUCCAGCGUCAAAACUUCAGGCAGGUGUAUUACCAGGAGGCGGAGGGUCCCCAAGGACUUUGCAGCCGACUCCAUCACUUUUGCAAUCAGUGGUUGAAGCCAGAAAGACAUACAAAGGCACAGAUGCUGGACCUGGUGGUUCUGGAGCAGCUCCUGUUCCUUCUGCCCCCAGAGAUGCAGGGCUGGGUGCGGGAGUGUGGACCAGAGACCAGCUCCCAGGCGGUGGCCCUGGCUGAAAAUUUCCUCCUGAGCCAGAAGGAGGUGAAGAAAGAGGAGGUCGAGGUGCAGAUCCAAAGGCCUGUCUCGGGGGCUAUUCCUCAACAUCUGGAUGGAAAGAGCAACCCCUUAAAUCUUUCCCAGGAAGUGAUUAUUUGGAAGAUCCCCCAGGAAAGUCCAAGUUUGAGCAUCUCACCAGUUGCCCUUAACAGGAUGAAAAGGAAACAGAAUUUUUCAGUAAGAAGCAGUAAGAAACCAAGACUGGAAUCAGUUAUAUCAGAAUUGGUCGUGGAUGAUAGAAACCAGGUACAAGCACAACCACUCCAGCCACUCCAACUUGGAGAAAGCAGCACGUCAGUUAUUGAAAUAAAUAAAGAUACCUCCACAAUUGAAAACAGUCUUCCUGAAUGCUGGACACUGCAACAAUAUAACAAUUUUAAAGAAAAAUACGACGGAUUGGAAAUUUCUAACAAAAAGUUAGGUUGCGAGUAUUGUGCAAGACACGGCUUCCUAAAAAUGAAAAGUGUUCAUGUAUCAAAGGAGUGGAAAUAUUUUCAGAUUGAAGCAUCAGGGAGAAAUAGAGAGGUAAAACAAGCUUCUCUAAGGAAAAAAAUGAAAGAACAUUUUUCAUCGCGAGCUCAUAAUAUUUGUAAAGAGAACAUAAAACAAUGUGAGGAGGUUUCCAUAGCAAGAUUGAUGAAUGAAAAAUAUGAACAAACUACUUGUACAUUAUUUAAUACAGUUUACAGCCUGGCACAAAGUUGUAAACCAUUUUCGGACAUAAAAGAGGAGAUGGGUUAGGUAAGGGAAUAGGACUACAUUCAUGUAAAACUGCAGUCAAAAUAGUUGAUUUCAUUGUAAAAGAAAUUUAAAAAUUUACUAAAAUUAUUGAAAAUAAUCUGAAAAUAUGCUUGAUUAUUGACGAAGCCUCAACAAUAGCUUGCAAACCAGUUGUCAUACUUUUCAGAAAAGUUGAGGAUUCAGAUACAUCACCAACAAUUUUCCUUGAGCUAGUUGAGUUGGAAAAACAAGAUGCAAAGACAAUAUAUUCUUCAGUUUUGCAAAGUUUAAAUAAUGUUGGGCUUACUAAGAACUAUCCAAAAAAUUUUUAAUCAGAUUUUGCUCCGAUGGUGCCAGCGUUUUGCUUGGGAGAAAAUCUGGAGUGAGCACUAGAAUAGCAAAAGAGUUUCUACAUAGUAAUAUGGCACUAUUUAAGCCAGGGGUAAUCAACCUUUUUAUACCUACCACCCACUUUUGUAUCUGUGUUAGUAGUAAAAUUUUCUAUCCACCCACUGGUUCCACAGUAAUGUGCCGUGUAUCGUCGUCUGCGCAUGCCUCUCGUGCAUCGUGGAUUGGGUUUGGGUUGGGGCACCAGCUACCAGCUCUGUUUGUCUGUUACAGCUGGGUGGUGUGGGUGGAGAUACGUGAGCUAUUCUGGGAUGAGGCUCUUUUGUUUGCGGUCACACUAUUGCGCCAUUGAGUUUCACUUAUGUAACGUGAACUAAACUUAUGCGCGGGUGAUACAAAUAAUAUAUUUUUAGAAAUUUAAAUUGUCAUGGGGAAUUUGUGGAAACCUAAUGAAAAUGUUUUUAAAUAAUGCUAUGAAUUUUUUUUUAAAGUAAAUUAAAAAUUUU